AUGGCUGCUGUCGUCGACAGAAACGCGCGUCCCGCCCCCCAGGUUGCCGGUGGUGGUGGAAAGCCCCCCGGUGACCGUGGCGGUGGAGGCCGGAGGAACCCCCCUCCAGACAAACCAGCCCCUCCUAAGAAGAGGAAGAGGGCCGCGAAGCACUGUGGUCGCUGCGGGCAAACCGACCACACGGAGGAAGAGCACCACAUGCGGACGCUGGCGGACGCAGUAGAUGUUCUGACUCAUCAGGCUCGGAAACGCCAGCGCCAGGAACAGAGCGCCCCCUCAAGUCCGUCUCACAACCGGGUUGUUCCCGCAGCCCAGGAGCGUGGCGACGGACAGCGGCGUCGUCGACGGGGAAAACGUGCGGCGCCCCAUGUCCGCCGGCAACGUGCACGGGAGGCCCUCCAGCAACAGCUGGGAGGCCUGCAGGCGCAGCACCUGCUGCCGCCGCGCCCCGUCCAACAACAACAGCAGGGGGACGUCCAGCAACAGCUGUAA